AUGAGUUCCGGUAUCCGGCCACUCAGCCCCCAACUGGAGGUCGUCGCUAAGAAGGAACUGGGCGAGGAGCCGAAGAGGAGGGCCAAGGACAUCCAGCACAUCAGGGACUGGAUGAAGAAGCAGCCCCACCUCAAGGCGCGCACGGAUGACCAGUGGAUCGUGACGUUUCUGCGAGGCUGCAAGUUCUCCCUGCAACGCACCAAGGAGAAGCUGGACAUGUACUACACCAUGAAGACGGCCGCUCCGGAGUUCUACAAGAACCGAGAUCCCUUCGAUCCCAAAAUUCAGUACAUGCUCGACGCUGGGUUCAUCAGUUACCUGCCCAAGGUGGACAAAGAAGGGCGGCGCAUAACGGUUCUGCGCCUGGGCAGGCUGGACCCCAAGAAGGUGACCGCCGACUACCUAUUCCGGCUGCUCUUCAUGGGCGGCGACCUGUCCCUCAACGAGGACGACUCGGCCAUCGUCUGCGGCGCCACAGUCAUCCUAGACCUCAAGGACACCACGCUGGCGCACGCCGCCAUCUUCACUCCAUCCGCGGUCAAGAAAUCAAUGGCAGUCUACCAGGACGCGUACCCCUUCAGGCCAAAGGCGAUCCACUUCGUGAAUACUCCAAGCUUUUCUGAAGCCAUCACAGGACUCUUCCUGCCACUCAUGAAGCCCAAGCUCAGAAAGAGGGUUGUGAUUCACUCGAAGCUGGAAACGCUGCUGAAACAUUUCAGUAAGGAUAUGCUUCCCGACAUUUACGGAGGAGCAGCUGGCACCUUUGAGGAAGUGACGGCCCCAUGGCGUAAGCAGCUGGAAAGCUUCGCUGAGUACCUGAAGGAGGACGAGAAGUACGGCACGGACGAGUCCAAGAGGAUGGGGAAGCCCAAGACACGCAGCGACCUGUUCGGCGUCGAGGGAUCCUUCCGCCAGCUGGUCGUGGACUGAUGGGCAACAAACCUACCUCUUCCCGAGAGUGUCCAUAUGCACAUCUUUCAUGUUCUGUUCUCAAUCGCUUUGAAUCAAUAACACUGUCAU